AUGACGACCUGCACAUUUGUGUUCAGCAUUUCACUAAUGAAUAAGACUCCCAUUAGGCAUAGGAUCCAAACUUUUGAAAAGAAGGAAAAGAAGAAAACAAAAAUAGGAAAAAGAAAAAGGGCUUAUUUUAUAAGGCACCACCAAAUGUAUGAUCGUGGAAAACAUAAUAUUCUAGAAAAAAAAAAAGAAAAAAUGUAUUUAAGGAUUUAUGGAAAAGAUCAUAGAAAUCCAUAUUUGGCGUAUGAACAUGUGAAUAAAAUAAUUGAAAACAAAAAAUACGAAGUGGGCAAAUUAUUAGAAGAAAAUUUCGAAGAAAACAACCCUCUACAAAUACGUAUGAAAUAUUUACAACACACAAUAAAUAACAAAUUAUCAGAAAGUCUAAAAAGAACAUGUCCUGAUGAGAAGCAUAGAUUAUCAGUAGUAGCAGAUGUGAAGAGAAAGGUGUUUUGUAGUGUCACUAGAAGUGAUGAAAAGGGUCAUACGACAGGUGACAGAGGGGUUGAAAUUGGAAUGGAAGAAAACGAAACAGACAUUGUAGCAACAGGAAAGAAAAGAAGACAUUUAGUGAAUGAAGAAAAUUACAUGUAUCAAAACAAUUUUCUCAAUUUGGCAAACCCGGGUAAUGUCAGUUUGAUGCUGCACGAAAUAGGUUUCGAUGUCAUAAUAGUAAAUAUCGACAAUCUGUCAACCCAAGGAAUGUUAAACGAUUUACACGAUGUUGUUAAGAGUACAAGAAAAUUAAGUCGAAAUGUCAGACCUGCUGUGGUAGUUGACGAUGUAAUAAUUCAUCCAAUUCAAAUUGCGUUAGCAGUGGAAAACAAAGCAGAUGGUGUUAUUUUAAAUUUAUCAUAUUUAAAAAAUGAUUUAGAAGAUAUGUUAAAUUAUUGUGUUAAUUUAGGAACUCAAGCAAUUGUUGAAGUACACGAUUACAAUGAUAUUUAUUAUGCUACCCAGUGUGGUAGUUGUAUCCUUAUGAUUAAUGAAUUUGAUUUUUUAAAUAAUCAGUAUGAGUAUAAUCAUGCCAUAAAGGCUAUAAGUUAUACUAUACCUGAAUUAGUUACCAUUGCGAAAAUUGAUGUGUAUGAUCUAAAUUAUGUACAAAAGCUAGGGAGCCUAGGAUAUGACAGUAUAUGUUUAGAAAAAAAACUUGUACAUAAUGAUUUGCCUGAAUUUGUUCGGGCUUGUAAGAAUUGGAAUGCUCCUCACAAAACUUUGCUUUAUAUGAAUAGAAAUAGUUAUUUAAAGGAUUUUUUGACAUAUAAAAAUAAUCCAUCAGAGGAAAAUCAUAAAGAAAUUACGGAUAACUUGAAGAAAUUUUAUGAUAAUAAGAACCUUCAGAAUAGGACCUCCCACGAACUUUUAAAAAAUUAUGAGAAGGAUUUUAUCGAUAUCGUAGAUGACGGUAAUGAUGGGAAACCACCUGUGGCUCAAAAUAUGAAACAAGACACACAACCAGUUGGAACCGAAGAAAAGAAAAAUGACGACCUCCUAACAAAGGACGAAAAAAAAAUCGUUCAGAAUUUUAAGAGGGAAAAGAAAAGAGAAUUAUUUCUUCUGAAUCAAAUGAGAGACAUAAUUAAAGAAGUGGAUGAUCAAUGCAAAAACUAUGAUUCUCUUUCAGAUGAAGAAAAUAAAAAGAAAGAAGAAAAACUAGAAACUCUUUUAGAAAAUUUCACGAAAAUGGAUAAAAAAUUUUUAAGGGGAUUUUUUUCAGAUGAAGAAAUUAAGAACAUAGAAAAUAGUAUAAAAAAUUCUGUGAGCCAAAAGAAAAAAAUCGAAAAUGGGGAAAUAAACACAGAUAAUAAUAGUGUGGCUAGGGAUAUGUAUGGAAUGCCAACUAACCAUGAGGAUGAUUUUGACAUUUCUAAAUUGACAAAAGAGUUUUUUGACAGCGAUGCUGGAAAUGGAAAAUUUGUUGAUGAUAAUUCCCCUAAAUUGAGUGAUAACUCCAUAGGCGAUUAUUCAGAUGAUACAUCUUCGAGGGGACUAGAUUCCCAGUAG